CAAAAUCACCGUUCUAUGGUUAACAUGGCCAAAACCAAUAUCUCCAUUAGUGCUUUCAUUCUCGCCAACAACAUCUCCAUGGAUUCAUCCCCCAUAUCUCACAAAUAAUUAAAACAGAUCCCCCAUUAAUCUCUUAAUUAAUCCCCAUCCCACAAAACCCUAAUUUGCCGAAACGCCGCUACAGUAUUUAGCAUAAAAUCUCCUCACGCUCUUUUCACCAACCAACAUUAAGCGGCGGCGAUUCCCUUCCAUCCCCUCCUUGCUGCCUCCAGGAAAACCCCCUUAUAAAUACGCACCGUUUCGCUCCCCCGAAAUCUCCGCCCAAAAAAACCCUUCUCCCCUACCUUUCGCGCCAAUAUGGUAGCAAUCUGGCGGUCGUCAGCCGCCGCCGCCGGCAUAAUUGCCGCAUCGGGAAUCAAGGGCAGAACCGUCACCACAAUACCCAAGGACGGCGGCCUGACCGAUUUCCUCCGCUCAAUCAUCUCCACCGACAAGGAAUCGAGCGACGGAGGUGAGCCCUUCUACGUCCUGGAUUUGGGAACCGUCGUUUCCCUAAUGGAAACGUGGUCAAAAUCCCUCCCCACGGUCCACCCAUUUUACGCCGUCAAGUGCAAUCCCGAAUCUGCCCUCCUUGGCUCCCUCGCCCACCUCGGCGCGAGCUUCGACUGCGCCAGCCGUGCCGAGAUCGAAUCCGUCCUCUCCCUCGGCGUCUCCCCGGCCCGCAUCCUCUUCGCCAACCCUUGCAAGCCCGAAUCGCACAUCGCCUACGCCGCCGCAAAGGGAGUCAACCUCACGACCUUCGAUUCCGCCGACGAGCUCGAGAAGAUGAGCCGGCUCCACCCGAAUUGCGAAUUGCUCAUCCGUAUCAAGCCGCCGGAGGACGGCGGCGCGCGGUGCCAGCUGGGCGACAAAUACGGCGCGCUCCCCGACGAGAUCGACCCCCUCCUCGCCAAAGCGCAAUCCCUCCGCCUCUCCGUCGUCGGCGUAUCGUUCCACAUCGGCAGCGGAGGCGAGACCGGAUCCGGAACCUACCGCGGGGCUAUUGAGGCGGCCCGAGCCGUCUUCGACUCGGCGAGCCGGCUCGGCCUGCCGCGGAUGCACACGCUGGACAUCGGGGGAGGCUUCACAUCGGGCCCCCAAUUUGAAGCCGCGGCUUCCGAGAUCCGUGCCGCGUUGGACGAUUACUUCUCGGGCGAGCCGGGUCUGAACGUGGUCAGCGAACCGGGCCGGUUCUUCGCCGAGUCGGCGUUCACGCUGGCCGCGGCGGUGAUCGGGAGGCGCGUGAGGGGCGAGCGGAGGGAGUACUGGAUUAACGACGGGCUCUACGGCUCGAUGAAUUGCAUUCUGUACGACCACGCGACGGUUAAGUGCGUGCCCUUGGCGGUGGCUUCGAAUGGGCUGGACCCAAAGUGUGAAGGAAAGCCCACGUUCAGCUCGACGGUGUUUGGGCCGACUUGUGAUGGGCUGGACACUGUGUUCACAGGCCGGCAGCUGCCGGAGCUUGGGGUGAACGACUGGCUGGUGUUUCCGGACAUGGGAGCUUAUACUGCGGCUGCCGGGUCGAAUUUCAAUGGGUUUGAUACGGGUCGGAUCUUGACCCACCUCGCCUAUACCGUUGAUCAAAGUUGAAAGAGCUAAGGCGAGUCGUUAGAUGUUCGUGGGUAUGCGGAGUAUGUGGUUUAGGGAAUAUAAUGUCGACUAAUUGAGUUGUUGUUGUUGUGUACUUGGGAAUGAAAUAAAGUGGUUAGGCAGAGGAGAAUACCAUCUUGUGAUUCUCAUUAGUUAAUGUAAUAGUUUAGUUUGAUAGAAUCUUAAUUAUGCUCCUAUGUAUAUUUCUUUUUUUUAGAAUCUUAAUUAUCUUUCUCAUUUUAUGUUGUGUAAUUCGUUCAAAAUUAUAAAAACAAUACCCUUGUUUAGUAUAAUGUUGUUGUUAGAACAACCCAGACUUGGUAUAAUUUAAUAAGAAGAAUCACUUCUAAUGUUCAUAAGAGUGACAUUGAUACCUACCAGCCACCGACGAUCCAUUAAUCUAUACUAGCAAUAGGAUGAUGACAUUUUUUUGGAUGGUUCAUAUCUCAUGAUUCAUCCCACCUCCCCGACAUUUAGCGUAAAACCUUACAAGAUUAUCAUCAAAUUGUUCACAUCUCCAUUAAUGUAAGAGUGUAAGUGUUAUGUAAUAGUUGUUGGAUACAUAAUGAGUUAAUUCAAUCUAGUUACUCAAAAUGAAUUAAUUGAGUCCAA